GUAAAGGAACAGUGUAACAAACUAGGUCGCGAUUAUUGAUUUUUCGCAUUAUAUCUCAAACAAAAGCUAAAACGUAAUUAAAUCUAUAUUUAAGUCUUUAGAAUCUGUGCCGGAGCUUCGGAGUCCACAAAAAUGCCCGACGCAGAGCUCUCGGCUCCGACCGUCGAGAAUGUUCGGGUGGUGGUUCGCGUGCGGCCCAUGGACCAGAGGGAGAAAAUGGACGGCUCUUACAAUUGCGUGUCCGUAGAUUCCGUGAACGGGACUGUGGCUGUGACCAGGAACAAUGUGACGCCUCCAGAGCCGCCUCGCGUUUACGCUUACGAUGCUGUCUUCGACUCUAACACCAGUCAGAUGGACAUAUACGUCCAAACGGCCAGCCCGAUUGUCGAGCAAGUCCUCAAAGGGUACAACGGCACUAUAUUCGCGUACGGACAGACGGGAACAGGGAAAACCUAUACGAUGGCGGGCAGCAGUACGGCUCCAGAACUCAGGGGGAUCAUACCGAACUCGUUUGCACACAUCUUCAGUCACAUAGCGAAGGCCAAGGACGACGAGAAAUUCCUGGUGUGCGUGACUUACCUGGAGAUCUACAAUGAGGAAGUCCGGGACUUGCUCGGGAACAACCCCCAUCAGAGCCUCGAGGUUAAGGAGCGGCCUGACAUCGGUGUGUUCGUCAAGGACCUGACAGGGUACGUGGUCCAUAACGCUGACGAGCUAGAGAAGAUAAUGACGGUAGGCGAUAAGAACCGGCACAUCGGCGCGACCGCCAUGAACACGGAGAGCUCUCGAUCCCACGCCAUAUUCUCGAUAACCGUCGAGAGCAGUAAGAAGGGCAGCGACGGUAAAACUCACGUCAAAAUGGGGAAACUGCACCUGGUCGAUUUGGCUGGGUCGGAGCGUCAAAGCAAGACUCAAGCCACCGGGACACGCCUCAAGGAGGCCACGAAGAUAAAUCAGUCGCUCUCGGUGCUGGGAAACGUGAUAUCGGCCCUAGUCGACGGCAAAAGCACCCACAUACCGUACAGGAACUCGAAACUGACCAGACUAUUGCAGGAUUCACUCGGGGGGAAUUCUAAGACAGUCAUGAUCGCGACUAUAGGCCCAGCCGAUACGAACUACGUCGAGACGAUCAGCACGCUUCGUUACGCGAACCGAGCCAAGAAUAUCGAGAACAAGACGCACGUCAACAACGAACCAGGAGACGCGCUACUUACCAGAUUCCAAUUGGAGAUCGAUCAGCUCAAGAAGCAAUUGGAGGACUGUAGCAACGAAAUCGAAGGGGGCGCCGAAGAUGAUGUGUCUGAGGAGGACCUCUCGGAGGACAGCGUGUCCGAUCCGGAGAUGGACUCUCUCGAUCCCGAGGAGAAGAAGCUGCGAAAGAAGAUGCGCAGAGAGGAGAAGGAGAAAAUGAUCAAGGAGAAAACUCAUCAGGCCCGGAAAGUUCUGGAGGAGAAGAGAGCUGAACUGCAAAGGACUAAGAGACAGCAGGAAGAGUUGAAAGAUAAGCUGCAGCGUCUCGAGUCUAAGGUUCUGGUGGGCGGAGAGAACCUCCUGGACAAAGCGGACACCCAACGCAGACUCCUGGAGCAAGCCGCCCGGGAGCUCGAGCUCAGGGCCGCCAACGAGCUCAGGCUGAAGGAGGACUUGCAGAAGAAGGAGGCCGAGCGAUUGGAUAUAGAGGAACGCUAUUCGAGCCUCCAAGAAGAGAACGCUGCUAAGACCAGGAAGCUCAAGAGGGCUGUCCAACUCCUCAACUCGGCUAAGGCCGAGCUCGCUGACCAGCAGCGCGAGCAGCAGAGGGAGAUGGAGGGGAUCCUCGACUCGAUAAGGGCCCUGAAGAGGGAGAUACAGCUAGCCGAUCUCGUGCUGGACUCUUAUAUACCGAAGGAAUAUCAGGCCCUGAUCGACAAGUACGUGCACUGGAACGAGCAGCUCGGCGAGUGGCAGGUUCGGUGCGUGGCCUACACCGGGAACAACAUGAGCUGUCCAUUGCAGCCGCGACACGCCGCCACCAACAAACACAUGGAGCAACCAGACCUAUCAGACAGGUACCUGUCGUACGCAACGGUGAACAACCGCGGCACCUCACGGCUCGCGCGACCUCAUUCAUCCGCCGUGCCUCGACCUCACACCGCUUUGAGACAGCGACAGUAGACGACCACAGUGCGGACACCGGACGCCAACCUCAUCCGCCUAUACGGUUUCACAACACCCUGUAUCUCUAUAUGAAUUUGUCGAAAAUUGUACCAGUAAUUUUGGAUGUAAGUUUUCGUCACUGUCACUCUAGUUUAAAUACGCAACAAAAGAGCGAGUAAGCUAUAGUUUUGAGAGCCUCACGCUGUACGUAACGAUUUAGAAAUAUUGUUUAUAUUUAUUGUUUUUUUUUUAUUUUAAAAUUUUGGAUUGGGAAUAUAAUCUUUCAAACUGGAUAGAUUCUCCUUUUCUCGGUAGGCGUAAUAUCAGCAGCUAUGAUGUUAUUAAUUUUAUUAAAAAAAAAAAAUUGUAUCGAUACAAUAACUUGCCAACCCUAAAGUGGCGGUAAAAGAAUUUAUUUCGAAUUCCUUCGAAUCCGCGUACACUUUGCGCCAUUAUAAAAUAUUAUAAGUUAUUAUAACAAUAAUUUUGUUAUGGCAUAUAAAAAGAAAAGUUUUUAUUUUAUUUUUUAUUUCAUUUAUUGAUCUCACUUUGAUUUGUUUGUUUUUUUUUGUCAUUUGAUACCAAACUUUAUGAGGAAAUUCUCUCAUAGUAUUAAUUUAAAACACUUAAACUAGUCACAUUCCAGGCGACAUGAUUUAUAAAUGUUUGUAUUAAUAACAGUAUUAUUGUUCUAGUUAAUUUUAUUCUUAAUGUUUACAUUGUACCUAGACUUUAUUGGAAUAUUAA